AUGUCGAGACCUAUUAUCAUUGGCAAUCGAGGCUAUCGAGGGAAGUACCCAGAGAACAGCUUAGUUGCGUUCGAAAAGGCAUUGGAAGCCGGAGUAGAUGUUAUUGGAACAGACCUUCAAAUGUCCCGGGACGGGGUAGUAAUUAUUAGCCACGAUCAAUCGACCCUGCGAUGCUGGAAUCGACAGUGCAAGGUGGGAGAGACUGAUUGGAGCGAGCUGAAAACUCUGCGUUGCACGAGUUCUGGCUAUACGGACUUGAAGAUGUUGACGCUAAUUGACGUUUUAAAAUGGGUGGUGGACCAUCCAGAGGUUAAAUUGAUGCUGGACAUCAAGUACACAAACGACCAGGAGAUCAUGCUCAAAAGCGUGGCCGGGAUGCUGAGCGUUCAAGAACACUUGCCCUUCUGGAGAGAACACAUAAUAUGGGGCCUGUGGGACGUAGACUGGUUCCAGUACGGCAUGGAUACAGGUGUGAUAAAGGACUUCGAGGUCGUGGCCAUCACGCUGUCGCUGGAAAUGGCCAAACGGUUUGUCGAAUUCUCGCGAAAAAUCAAAAACCCACAUUUCCGGCUGAGCGGCGUGAGCGUUCAUUUCGUGUCCACAUGGACCUCAGCUUUUAGGAAUGAGUUAAUUCCGUAUUUGAGCGAGAAUAACGUUCACACGUACGUGUGGACGGUAAAUAAGGCCCAGGAUUUCAAGCAGUGUGCAGCGCUCCCAAUUGCCGGCUUUGUGACGGACUUUCCGACCGUGGCCCGCGAAACAAUCUCGAAGCAGACGCCAUCGCAGGUAAAAUUCAAACGUCCAUUUCCUUUAACGAGGAAAGGCCUUAGAUUCUAUGCGUUUAUCCUGUUGUAUCAGCUUACCGUGCUGGUAUUAUUUUCGUCCUUGGCGCAGCACAAAAUUGCAGGGUUCUCGCUCUCGAUGCUUGUGGCUAGGCUCCUGAAAGCGGUCCACGCUGUAUGA